GUAUCCUUGAGCGAGGGCGGGUAUGAGGGGAGUGAAAGGUGGCUAGGCGCUGGCCUCCGGAGUCCUGGGAGGCAGAGGCGAGCAAGCGGAGAGAUUAGAGCUCUAAAGGAAACUCUCAGUACCAGGGAUCAAACUUGGGACCUUGUGCUUACCAGGGCUUUUAGGUUCCUGCGCAUUAUUUGACAGCUGAUCAGGAUUUCAAGCUGAAGAUGCUGCUGCUGAAUAGCCUGAGAGUUAUUUGUGAAGUGGCUCCCUGCAAAUGGCUGUGGCGAAGGGUCCCAGUUCCCAGCUCCAUGCCAGUGAGACCCUGCAGUCUGUAUACCUGCACAUAUAAAACCCGGAACCGAGUCUUGCAUCCUCUCUGGGAAAGCAUGGACCUUAUUCCAGCAGGUGAUAGACAGUCACCCAUUAACAUCCGGUGGAAGGACAGUGUUUAUGACCCUGGCUUAAAACCACUCACCAUCUCUUAUGACCCGACCACCUGUAUGCACAUCUGGAAUAAUGGAUACUCUUUCCUCGUGGAAUUUGAAGAUUCUACGGAUAGAUCAGUCAUCAAGGGAGGACCGCUGGAACACAACUACCGGCUGAAGCAGUUCCAUUUUCACUGGGGGGCCAUUGAUGCCUGGGGUUCUGAGCACACUGUGGACAGCAAGUGCUACCCAGCAGAGCUGCAUUUGGUGCAUUGGAAUGCAGUCAAAUUUGAAAGCUUUGAGGAUGCAGCGCUGGAAGAAAAUGGUUUGGCUGUGAUAGGAGUAUUUUUAAAGCUAGGCAAACAUCAUAAAGAGCUACGGAAAUUGCUGGAUACUUUGCCAUCAAUUAAGCAUAAGGACACCCUCGUGGAAUUGGAGUCCUUUGACCCCACCUGCCUGAUGCCUGCCUGCCCCGAUUACUGGACCUACUCAGGGUCUCUGACUACCCCACCUCUCUCGGAGUCUGUCACCUGGAUCAUUAAAAAGCAGCCAGUAGAGGUCGAUCAUGAGCAGCUUGAACAAUUUCGGACCCUACUCUUCACUUCUGAGGGGGAAAAAGAAAAAAAAAUGGUGGACAACUUCCGCCCUCUUCAGCCCCUGAUGAAUCGCACCGUCCGCUCAUCCUUCCGCCAUGAUUAUGUGCUGAAUAUACAAGCGAAAUCCAAGCCAUCAGCCAGCCAAGAGACCCCCUAAAGUGUCUUACCGAGGCAACAUUUUGCUUAUUUUAGCUGUUUAAAAAUUAUUAACCAGAUUAUUUUAAAUACCUGUGCUAAUAAUAUUUAUAGAAAUAUAUUUCUUUUUUGACGUUUCCCAGUGGCUAUCUUUGCAGGCAGGAACAGGGAGAUGGAACGAUUGCAGAAUAACUGAUUUGUUAACAUCGUGCUACUUUAGGUGACCAUUUGUGAGGGCUAAGGCAGAGGGGAUUUCAUUACCAUUGCCAAUUGAAACUGGCCUGUUUGGGAAAGUUGGCUGGCAUCUCUCUAAUCCAGCUUGUGAAGAAGGUCAGAUAAAUAAUUUAAUUUCUUUUGGUGAAGUAGAAUUUUACUCAGUGUGAGUGACUCCAUUUGGAGUUUGAGCCUGGUGUACUGCAGCCUAGUACAGCAGCUUAGUUUAGAACAAUGGCCUCUUGUAAUUUUUAGUUAAGAAUCUUCCAGUUUUGGUCAGGUUCUCACGGCCUUAGGGACUUAGUGCUACUGUUAGUUACUGUCAUUUUGGGUUUCAAGUAUUAAUAUGUUGCUCAUAGGUCAGAUGUGCCUUUAUUGGCAUGAAAGUGCUUUAUCAGUAUUUGAGAAAUCUAUUUGGUAACAUGAUUUCUCUGGCUGAUAACAGUAUUUAUCACUAAAAUACCAGCAAGAGAUACAAGUGUCCUUUAGAGCAACUUACUAGUAAUUGAAACGUCUUUUUAUGUUGACAUUUUUGAACAUUCUUUUUAUAUUUAUCAAUCAAUGGUCCUAUAGAGU